CGUGAUGUAUGACAACGGUUGGCGAUUCGGGGCUUGAAAGAGCAAAGAGUUCUGGAAACAAAGUGCUUGAUGAUACAACUCUCCUGUCAAAGAAGCCAUUUUUAUCCUUCUUGUACGUGGUCCAUGCUUCGUCGGCUCGACUCCAGAUCAACACGGGGACCUACCCCCCGGCAAGCCCGCUUGACCCAAUGGACACCUUCUUGUAGAUGCUCCACACAGACAUACCUUCAACCCGCAAUCCUCAGCCAGCCACUCACCCAUUCACCCACUGUAGGGUUCCCCGCUUUGGUUCUUGAAGCACGCAAAUCUAACCACUUGAGCCCACAGAGAUGUGUUGACAGAAUGUCGAUCAAUCCAAUUGACAGAUCGACAGCUGCACAUCGCACCAAUCUCGCCGCUAAAGGCGGGUCACGAUGGGUCAACUACAGCUUCAGUCUCGUGAAAUCAUCAUCCACGAUACAGCAACCACCCGCCCUCGAAGACAUCAGCAACCGUUUAUCGCGCGUAACAAGAAUACUACAACUCCAGAUGAUCCACACGUGUACCAGACCUUGAGCCACCGUUACGUCAACACAGCGAGUCGAGCUGAAACUCCAUCUUGUGAAUCAAUCAUCGUCUCCAAAAUACCAUCACGGCCCGAAUGCCUGCAGAGUGCAUACGAGCUUCGGGGACGACCUGGUCGGCGAUCUCCUGUUGUUUGACAAUGAUCUGACGUCGUGAGCAUGUCCAAGGUAGCACAGCACGCCUCGCAGACUCACAGCAUUCUCAGGUUAUAUAGCGACAUUUGCCUUCCCUCCGUCUUACUCUUGUGGCAUCAUCUGCAACAUUUACACUUUGAACCCAUCGCACUCAAUAUCUCUACCUCGUCCACAAUCAUUCACCUUCAACAUGUCAACCGACUGGACUAACGACCCCAAGGCAGCAGAGAAGACCUUGCAGGACUCUCUCGAGGCUGAACUCAAAACGCACCCGGAUCGUUUCCUCAGAACGGCGAAGGCAGACGGUAAGGUCACUUUCAAUGGCGACAAGAGCCCAUUCUACGCCAUCCAAACAUAUGUCUGGUGCGGAAUGCUGUACCCCGAUAAUGAUGCCGACUUCCAGAAGAAGCUCCCUCAGUCCCGGUUCAAGCCUUUGGAAGCGGUCCUUCCCAAGAUCUACGAGGAUACCAAAGAUGCUCUAGUCGCUGUUUCUUCCUCGUGCCACAAGUUCAGCAGUGGGCCCAUGGAGGGGGUCUUCUCCUAUUCCUCCCUGGUGAAGAAAUACGCUGUCAACGCCAAGACCUCCCUCGGAGCCGACGAUGGCCUCGGCGCGCAGCUCAAGACGCUGACGUCGGACAAGUACAAGAACAAGGACAGCAUUGACGAUGAUUUCGAAGCGGCGAAGGAGCUCGCGAAGGAAAGACUGGAGGAGCUCAAGUCGGACGCCAAGGAGAAGGAAGAGCAGAGUGACAAGUUGAGGAAAGACCUUCAAGACUUCCUCAACGAAACCGAGGCCAACAAGAAGCAGGUCACCGCUGUGAAUGACAAGUAUCUAAGCCCGGUGACGGAUUCUGGGGGGAAGCAUUACAAGAAUGCGAUGGUGUACUUGAACCAUGAACUGGAAGACUUGCAGAAGAAGCUCAAGGACGCCAAGGAUGAGGCUGAUAAGCAGAGCAAGGAGUUGAAAGAGGAAGGAGACCCCAAGGGUUGGAAGUUCUGGGUCAAUGUGCUCAGCGGCCCUACGGGUACUUGGAACCUGUACCAGAAGCUCAAAGACUUCAAGGAUGCGUUGGACAAGUGGUCCACCCAGAACAAGGAGACGGAGGAUGUUCUCAAAUGCCAGACUACUGUCACGGCCUUGGAGGCUCAGAUUGAUGAUUUGAUCACCAGGAUGACAAAGGCGGUGGAGGGGAUCCGGUUGAUUCAGGACACUUUCCGGCAUUUGGGAGAGUCUCUUGACCCUGUUAUCAAGGCCAUUGACAAGAUUGAGAAGGGCACGAGUUCACCAUUGCAGGCUAUCCGGAAGUCCAACAUCAGCCAUGGCAUUCAGGAUGCUGUCACAAAGUAUGACGAGAUUAUCAAGGAAGCCGAAGACUUUGCUAAGGCAGCUCAGAUCAAGGUCGUCGAUGCUUAGACGCGGUUGGCGGUGGGCGUAACAACCAAGCAUGCAACAGGUUCUUCUGGUCAUGACUGUGCUGCCAGCCUGUCAAGUCCGGCUUCUCUCACGGGAUAAUAUCUGGGCUGCUUUGGUUCUGUGAAAAGAGGGCUACUGUUUGAGGGACUGUUUUUCGGGGAUUUGGCCAGUGAUGAUAUCUCAGUCUUGAACCGAGGUCUUCAAUCUGAUAUAUUGUUUUCUCUUCCUUGUCACUAUUUUCUCCUGACCCAAACCUACCUGGUCGACCAAUGCCAUGUUGUGGACAAUAGCUGGCGCGUUUGUGCAACGAGCACACUUCAUGUGUGCCAAUGGAGGCCUACGGAACCAUGCAUCUUGACAGGACACCGAGCACGUUUGAUGGCCAAUACCCAGCGAGGAUCAAAAUGCAGUUCCAACCCCACACAUGACAAACGUUUAGGCAUUAAUGCUUGACAUCAAAAAUACUUUUCGUUGGAACCAUCUUCUUUGAAACCUCAUCUCGGUUCCAUCCGCAAGGCCACAAACUUCAACAGCACCUCUGCCCCCCAGCAGUGUAACGUAAGCUCUUCAACCCUCCCUGAUAGUCAAGAUGACCGUGGAAAAGUCCAUUGUCCCAAACGAGCCCCCUCCCUAUUCGCCUCCAGUGAGCUUCUUCGGCCCGACCGCCAUUCAGGGCGCCAUUCUAAACAAACCCUGGACACACAUACAUUCUGUGGGAUCGCAACACUGGCUUGGUCCUUGCCAUGCGCGACGGCAACUUGGCGCUAGUCCCCAUGACACGUUACGCACUCACAAGGAUACUUGGCACUGGGAAUGUGAAGAGAAGGGAGGCUGGUUUUCGCUUCGGCAUCCGGCUGUGCGAAUGAAUAUUGGUUAUCGGGUGGGAGGACGCCUGUCUCGAUGGGCUGCUAAACUGAUGGUUGGAGAGUUUGAUAUGUAAAGCAGGACAGGUUUAGCUACAGAGUGGCCCCUGAGGGAAGGCAUCAGUUGUGGUGGAAGAGGGACGAUAGUCUUCAUGUUGUCGUGCUCGAUCCCGCCAGUGGCAGUGAGUUGCAUUUGAGGUCGGCAGGGCCGAAUGACGUGGUGAGCUGGGAAUUUGUCCAGCUGGCGGAUGGGGAUAGGCAGUAGUUGACUGUGUUGACUGGAUAAUUAGAUCUCUC